AGUCGCUUGACAGACGUCAAUUGAAACGCAAGCGCACCAAGAAUAAUCGCGAAAUUUUGACAUUUUCAAUGAAAACGUGAACCGCGAAAUACGAAAAGUGAUAACAGAACAUCGAAUUCUGUCAUGCAUCUAUUUUUAGUGAUAGUGUCUAAAAAAUAACCUACAAGCGACUUUGUUUUUUUUUUCGUAAUAUCUGACACGGCGCCCGGAAUAUAUUCAGCCAUGGACCGGCGGAAAAACGAAAGUAGUUCUAAAAAGCAGAUAUUGACUGCUUUAGUUGCAACCAUCCCAACGUUCACAUACGGCAUCCAGAUCGGCUGGCUGUCUCCCAUGGGCCCGCUCCUUAAGUCUGCAUCAACGCCUGCUCAAGCGCCGCUCACUGACAGCGACAUCUCGUGGAUGGCCGCCGCACUACCGCUCGCCGCCAUUACUGGGAUACCGUUCUUUAGUUACGCGUCUGAUCAUAUUGGGAGGAAGAUCUGUGUGAUAUUAGUGUCUUUGUUGUCUUGUAUAUCUUGGACAAUAAAACUAACAGCGAUCAUGCCAUCAGCGCUCAUCGCAGCGAGAGCAAUAGCCGGCCUCGCGGCAGGGGGCUGCUUCGUAGUCGUGCCAGUCUACGUCAAGGAGAUCUCUGAAGACACCCUGCGAGGGGCCUUGGGGUCCCUGAACAUGACUGUGUGUAAACUAGGGGUCAUAUUCGUGUAUGCUGUUGGAAUGGCCGUCUCGUAUAGAGUGAAUCAAGCUGUGUAUUUGGCGGUGGCGUGCGCGCAUGUAGUCGUGUUUUGUUUUAUGCCGGAAUCGCCGAAUUAUUUGCUGAAGCUUGGGCAGGAAAAGAAAGCCGCCAACACAAUAUCCUGGCUGCGCAGCCUGAACAAGAACCACAAGGUAGUGGUGGAAGAGAUCCUCAAGCUGAAGGAGGAACAGCGCCAGUUUGAGGAAACAUCCAGGGUGUCACUGCUCAGUGUGGUUCGAGACCGCACGACCUUCUCGGCGCUUCGGAUGACGCUGGUCCUCAUGGCGAUGCAGACGCUCUCCGGGUGCUUCGCCCUCAUGAACUAUGCAGCUGAUGUGUUUCACCGUGCUGGCACUCAGUGGAGCCCUAACACGCUCGCGCUGGCGGUGGGCUCACUGCAGUUGGCUGGGUCUUUCUUUACUACAGUGUCUAUUGAGAAAUUUGGGAGGAAGAUACCCCUAGCCUGCAGUUCCCUAGUGGUGUCAAUAUGUAUGACAACCUUAGCCACUUGCUUCCUACUGGGUAGCGGCGUGGCUAGCUGGCUGCCGGUCGUGGCUGUGUGUGUCUGCAUACUGGCCUAUGGGGCUGGACUGGCUCCCGUGCCUAUGGUUAUAAUGGCCGAGGUUUUUACUUUUCAAGUGCGCGCACGCAUGGCAGGGGCAUCAAUGGCGUUCUCUUUCUUCUGCAGUUCAAUGACAGUUCUCUUCUACACGCCCAUAGCCAACCAAUUCGGUGCUUACGUCGUGUUCUAUACUUUCGCGGCUGUCACUCUAUUCGGGGUGGUCUACACUGUACUAUGGGUACCAGAGACUAAAGGAAAAAGCUUGGACGAGAUACAAAAGUAUUGGAAAAAGACUGAACCUGUGUUUGUGUGAUUGCCUUAUCUUUUUCUUGUAGAGACUUUGUUGAAAGGUGUAAAAUACAUUCCUUAUUUGAAAGUCCUUGGUUGGCACAAAUGUGUUGUAUUAUGGAUUUUUUUUAGUUUUGUAUAAAAAAUGUAGGUGAUGUGUGCAAAAAUUUGGUUGAGAAAAUAUCAUGUAGGUAUGCAAUUAAUUAUAUCCUUGUACCUCACUCUCUCGUACCUCAUUCUUUUUCGUUAUUUUUUAUAAGCUCGUUCAAUAGUUUUGUUUUUUUUUUUAGUAUGAAUAUGUUGGUCCAUUUUAAUAUAGGUAUUAAUUAUUAAUUCUAAAAGUAUUAAAGAAUCAGGUAAUAGAAGUUUAUUUAUUCUCGAAAUUAGGUCAACUACACUUACCAGUAUUUUGGGGUACAAAGGAACUUUAAUCGGAUAAGAACAAAAAGAUAAUUAUUCAAUUAAGGGAUUAUAUACUGCAAUCUCAUUAAACUGAUUUAGUUAUGAAGUUACUAUAAUAUAAAUUUAUUUAUUUGUAAAAAUGUAGUUCUUAUAGAUAAGAAUGAAUAUAUCGAUUCCUAGUACUUUUUGUAUAUGUAUAAUGAUCGUUUUGUGAAUAUUUUAUGGUGUUCGGGAUGAGAAGAUGAACUUUGUAUAUUGUAUGUUAUAGGUUAACUAGGACUAAUAAAAUGAAAAACUUGCGUAUAAUAAA